CUUCAGCGGUGACGUCACGAGGAUUGUUACAUUGUAUCCGCACAGAGUGAGCUCAGAGUGUGGAGAUACACAGAGCAGAGAGAGCCUGGUAUUGGGGAGACUGAGGGAGCACCCCUAGAAAGAGACCAGGACAGGCCGACUGGAGAGCUGAGGGGGGAGUCUGGACUAACACACAACAAGAUGCCGUCUGAACGGCCCUUUAAACACAGGAGGAGCUUCGCCGAACGUUGUGCAGAAGUUCGCCAAAUCCGCGAGCAGCACCCUAAUAAAAUCCCGGUCAUUAUUGAACGAUACAAGGGAGAAAAGCAGCUUCCUGUGUUGGAUAAAACCAAAUUUCUGGUUCCUGAUCACGUGAAUAUGAGCGAGCUGGUGAAGAUUAUCAGGCGCCGACUGCAACUGAAUCCGACCCAAGCCUUCUUCCUCCUAGUGAAUCAGCGUAGCAUGGUGAGCGUAUCUUCCGCCAUUUUGGAUAUAUAUGAACAGGAGAAGGAUGAAGAUGGCUUCCUGUAUAUGGUGUAUGCUUCACAGGAAACCUUCGGUUAAUAAAUGUCCUCGGCCCAUCUGGCUCCACGGUGUAUGUUGACCCAAGUCUACAAACCAAUUCACUAACACUUGCUCCUAUGUAGAUAGAUAGACACACACACACACACACGGUUAGCGACACUUAAGUACCCACUCAUACUCUGGUAUUGUACAAACAUUCCACCUAGGUUUGCACGUUAACUUGUGUGCAGACUGCCUACUCAAUAUACACAUUCUCUCGUUCAUAUACAAGCACACAAAUACUUUUUCAGCUGCACACGGAGAGACCUGCUUUCUGUUCACACACUUUCUUUUGCCCAAGCACAGCAGGGUUACCUAGUAAUAAUAGUAAAGAUUGUGUGUAACUAAUUGUUGACCUGUUUUGUGUACCGAGGAUUCUUCGCCUUUGUAUACACUGUGUACCUUGUAGAUAGAAAAUGUCGACCUUUCGAGUUACAUCCCCCGCUUAUUACAUUUCCUUUUAAAAUAUUUAAGAGUCACCUUUUUUUGUUAGCAGCACAACCUUUAGCUUGUGAGGGUGUUAAAUGCCCCAGCAAACCAAACUACCCCUUUGCCUUGGAGUUAAUGUUAUGGCUGCCAAAACAAAACAAAAAAAAACGGUAUUUUAGGUAUUUUCUGCCGUAACCGGUUAGGUUUUUAAUGUUACUUCAACGGGUUACAAAAAGAAGUUUCAGCAGUAGCUAUAAUCCAGCCUGUUUUUUUUAUUUGUAUGUCUGUUUUAAUUAGCCUGAUGUGGGCAAAAUGUUUUUAAAUGUACAUUUUAGUUGUAGAGAUUUAGACUCAUUGAUAUGAUUAUGGAACACGUGUAUCAAUGUAAAUGUUCACUAUAAGCUUUUUGCCAUCCUGAUUUUCUGUUUACUCUGUUGUAUUAACUGUUUGGGGGACGGGGGUCUACCUUUUAGAAUUGACAUGGAGUGAAAUUGAUUUUCCCCUCCCAAUGAAUAAAAUAUAUAGAAACCAAUGUGUAUAUAUAGAGAUGUACCACAUGUAUAAAGAUAAAUAAAUACAAUAUUGUGUCAGA